ACCUUGCGUAUGCGUUUUCUUACAAGAGACAUUGAUAUACUGAUACGUAACUUGUAAAGUUUAGAAUAUGCGAGUCUGAGAUUUCCUACUUUGGAUUAAACUACGCAAUACACAAAUGGAUGAAGAAGAGAGAAAACGAAAGUUGGAAGCUGGGAAAGCAAAGUUUGAAAACUUUCGUAAGAAAAAAUCUUCGAAGAAGAGGAAGAAAGAUAAAGGAGCUUCUGCUGUUUCCACACCAAGAGAUGCUUCAAACUCAGAAGAAGUUGGAGCCGGUGACAGCAUUGCUGUUCAAACAGGUGAUGACACAAGUUUAAGAGCAUUAUCUCCAUCUGAAAAUUCAGAAUUAUCAACUACAACUGCUGAAGAAAUAUCUACAGAGGAGGAACCUGGAUAUACUAUGGAACUUUCAGCAAUUGAACGAAUCCAAGAACUUGAAAUAACUGUCUCUGAUCAACAAAUUGCUUUGCAAAAGUUGACUUUGCAAAAUAAGGAGCUACAUGAAAUGAAUCAGGUUCAAGCUUUGGAAUCCAGCAUUGUAGAGAGAGAUGCAAUUAUAAGUGAACUACGAGACAGUGUUGGUCAAACUGCUGACCAAGUUCGCAACUUGCAACAAUUAUUAAAUAAAGCAACAGAAGCUGUUAAGAACACUGGGGGUGAAAAGGGAGAGAUUAUCGCUGAACUCAUUGAGACAAGAAAGAAGUUGGAUACUUACCAACUUGCAAUUACUCGUCAAGAAGAAACCAUGCAGCAAAUGGCGAAGAAGUUGGAAGAGAAGAGUUUGGAAGCCAUGGAAGCAUCAGAGCAAUGCAAGUCAUUGAAAUCAGAGCUGGAUAAAAGUCAUAGCUUGGUAGCUUCAUCUGAAGGCCAAGUGUCAGCUGCUGUACAAUCAUUGCGAUCAGAUUUUGAACGUGAAAAACUUGCUUUGAGAGCUGAGCUUAAUGAAAUACAUGGAAAGCAAAUUAAAGAUUUGAAACAAGAUCAUGAACAAGCAAUGGAGGUUGUGUUAAGGAAACAACAUCAGAUGGAGCAAGCUAAUUCUUCGGGAUCUGCUCCUACUUUUGAUGCUGAGGAUGUAAGAGCAAUGAGGGAGCAAACCGAACUUCUUCGUCUGCAACUUGAAACAUCAUAUCGGGAGAUGGAUAAAGUAAAGAAGGAACAUGAUAAAGAGGUGAUCCAGUUAAACCAACAGUUGGUUGGAGCUGUUGAUGAAUAUGAGACAAAACUUCAAGAAGAAAAACGAAUCACUGAGGAUUUGGAACAUCGCUUGGAAAUGUCAGAUACAGUGAGUUCUGAAAUCCAGUCCUCCUUCAGCAAACAACUGGAGCAGUUGGAAGAAGAGAGAGACCAUCUUCGUCAACAACUGAGGCAAUCUCAAUCUAAAGCUAAAGAGACAAAUACAUCCAAAAACCAAAUUAAAGAUUUGGAAGAGGAACUUGUCACUUACCAGUCGGAACUUGCUGAGUUAAACAGUCGAAUUGAAGAAUCCGAGAAACAACGUCGUCAACUUAGAGAUGAAGUUGAAAGAACAAGAGAAGCUCUUGAUAAAAUGCAAAGUGAAAAUGCAGAGUUAAAGCUUGUGCAGUCGGCAAAGUUGGAAUUAGAGGAACAAUUUCGAUUAACGAAGGUUGAACAUUCAGAAGAAUUGAAGAAUCUUCAUUCACAACAUCAUCGACAGAUGGAAGAACUAAAGUUAGAAAUGGAGAAGCAAGUUGAAUCUACGAGAUCCAUGCUUGACGAUGAACAUAAGGAACAACUGGGAACGGUUAAAGAUGUUCAUGAGCGAACUCAUGACAGGGAGCUCAGCAACCUCAAGGAAGAUCAUGAGAGGAUGUUGGAGCAGAUGAAGGAAGAUCACAUCCAAGAGUUGGAUGCAGUGAAACAAGAAGCUAAGGAUGUCAAGUCACUCGCUGAGGACCGACUUCGAAUUGAACUUAAAGAGCAGUUUUCAAUUGAGCUUGAGAAAGAGAUUGCUGAUCUACAAAGAAGAUUGGAACAAGAUCAUGAUUUAGCUCAAAGUGAAAUGGAGGACAAACAUAAAGAGGAAGCUGGAAAGAUUAAAUUAAGUUAUGAUGCGGAACUAAAAGAACAAAUAGCUUGUGCAUUACAAGAACAGCAGCUCGUCCACAAUGAAGCAUUACAAGAUCAGAAGAAUGAAUUGGACCAAGCUAUUGAAGUUAUGAAGACACAGUUUCAAGUUGCUCAGCAAACAUUAGAAACAGAACAUGCAGAAACACUUGCAAAACUAGAGGCUGAACUACGCUCAAUACAUGAAGAUAAAGAGAUGAAUGAUGGAGAUCUACAGAUAGAGGUUGAUAAUCUUAAGAAGAAGAUUGAAGAGAUGUCGGGACUUGAGGAGGAUUAUCAACAACAACUCCUUGCUCGGGAUGCGGCUCUUGAAGAUGAGAAGAAGAGGAGAGAGAGGGAGACGGAGGAGUUGGAGAAAGAGGUUGAAGAGGUGAAGGAAGAGUUAGGUCUUGUUCAGAAGGAGAGAGAUCAAAUCUUCACACAAGCUGAAGAGAGCCAGAAGAGGUUUGCCUCACUGCAGGAACAACAAUCAAGUCAACUACAAGAACAAUAUUCAGAACAAAUCGCUUCACUUCAACAUGAACUUGAAACUAUCAAAGCUUCAUGUGAAGAAAGUCAAAAGCUUCUUGAAGAGGAGCAAGAUGAGCAUGAGAAGAUGAAGGAUGAAGUCCGGAUGUUGCAGCAGAAGCAUGCAGAGAAGUUGGAGGCCAUGCAGAUGGAGAUCGAUUCUCAUAGAACAUCAAGAUCUGAUUUAAAGGAGCUACGCAGCCAGUUGUUGGCUCGAAGUUCUUCUGUGGAAGAUAUGGAGAAAAUGAGAGAAGAGAUGAAAAAGGCAAAAGAAGAAUUAAAGAUUGAACACGAACAAGAGAUGGAAAAAUUAAGGUUAGAGCAUGAAGAGGAGAUCAACCUCCAACAAGAAAAGCUCGAGCAAGUUCUCUCUGAUCUUCAGGAGAGCCGGGAUAAACUCGAAGAAGUCACGGCAUCCUCUGAUGUCCUCCAAUCCUCUCCUCUCAGAUCAAUUUCAGCGAUGUCGGAUUACGAUUCAAGUCAAGUGGCUGCGUUGAAUAAAGAUUAUAGAAGUCUGAUGACGCUCACAAAUGUUGCUAACGUGUCCGGACUUAGCGAACUGGAGGCUUCAAAUCUUCCGGAAGAUCAGAUGGAGGAAGAGCAAGAGAAACAAGAGGUGGAGGAUCAAGGAUCGGAGGACAAAUUAAUGGAAGAAGAAGAUGAUCAUGUCAAACUUGUUGAACAACUUGAAGAGAUGAAAGUUUCACUUAAUGAACUGCACGAUGAGAUGGAAGUUAUGAAGGCAUCUCACACUGAAGCAUUAGAAGCAUUGAACAACAACCAUGAAAAGGAAUGUGAGAAAUUAAAACAAGAAUCUGAAGCAGAAAAAGAAGAAAUGAUGCAAAAACUAAAAGAAGAUUUUGAAAAAGACAUCAAUGAAGCUGUUGAGAAACAGAAGCUCGACCACGCGCAUGAGGUCACGCAGAUACGACUACAGUGUGCUUCUGAUACCGCAGCGCAGGUUGAAUCUGAAGUGUCGGCUCUUAAGAACAAAAUGGAAGAAGAAAUGGAUUCAUUGAAGCAUAAGAUGGAGGUAGAGAGUAGUGAGAAAUUUGAAACACAACAAAAGGAACAUGAACGAGCAUUAAAAGAUCAAUCAGAUGAAUUAUCAUCUUCCAUGGAAACUCGUCUAUCUGCUGUUAUGUCAGAGUUUCAUCAACAAAAACAAGAAGCAAUACAGAAGCUCAAUGCAUCCCAUAAUGAUGAGGUCGCUUUGCUUAAAGAAGAUCUAGAGAAGAGUUGCAAGGAUGCAACUGAUAAAGAGGAGCAAAUGCAAACUGCUUUGCAUGAAAGAGAUAGUUUACAAGAACAACUACAGAGCAUGAAGAUGGAGUUGGAAUCUCUUCAAAGUGAAUAUAAAGAUAAAUAUGAAGAGAUGAAAUCUUCUGAAGCAAAUAAGAUGCAAGAGAUGAAGUUGAAUCAUGAAAAUAUGGUGGAAGAUCUGAGGAUAACAUUGGAAGUUCAACAUGAUGCGAGACUGGAGAAUGCUCUGCAAAAACAAGCGGCAAUACUGCAACAGUUAAAAGUUGUUGCAACGCGAUUGGUUGAAGUCACAGAAAAAAAAGAACAACUUGAAGAAAUUAAGAAUCAGUUAGCUCUUCAAUUAGAAGAAGCAGGAGUUGAAAAAGAGAAAGAUUUGGCUGAACUUAAAGCAAAUCUUGUCAACCAACACAUGCUCAAAUUCCAAGAGAUGACGAUGAACUUGGAGCAACAUCACAAGGAGCAGAUGGAUGAAGCACAAGAGCAACAUCACCUAGAAGAGGAGCGGCUUCGAUCUGGACUUAUGGACCUCCAGAAGAGGAUUGACGUGAUGCAGGAAGAUCGGAAUGUCCUGGAGGAGGUUGUUGGAAGGAGUGUCAAGCAAGAUGAUGUGGAGGAGAGGAUCAGGGUGUUAGAGGAAGAGCAUGAGCAAAAGAUAAAGGAAUUACAAGAUGAACAUGAACUUCAUUUGAAACAAAUUAAUGAGGAGAUACAGAAGCAAGAUGAGCAACAUAAGUCAAGUUACCAACAACUUAUUCAUGAACAACAGAAUCAGAUGGAAAAUCUACAGAAGGAAUAUAAUGAAGCUUUGGAAAAAGUCACUGCUAAUGCACUGACUGAAUCUCAGAAAAUGGUUGAGCGAGUGUCAGAGUUGGAGGAAGAAUUGAAGCAGAUGGACGACCUUCGUUCCAAACUUGAUGAGGUUACCACUAGGAAGGAUGAGCUCGAGGUCACUGCAGCUAAGAUGGUGGAUCUUGAACAAGCUACUGAGUCAAGUCUUUCAAAUACUCAGAAACUAAUGGAAAGGAUUUCUGAUCUUGAAGCUGAAUUAGAAUCCACUGAGAACCUCCGUGAAGAACUGGAUCAACUAAGAGCAAGGAAAGAUGAGCUAGAGAAGAUGGGAGGAGAUAAAGAAGAGAAGAUGCAAGAGUGGGAAGAGGAGAGAGAAGCUUAUGAAAAGAAACUUAGUCAGUUAUCUGAGGAGAUGAACGCAUCCAAGGAGGAACUCCAAGAUCUAUCGGCUCGCAUCGAGUUUGAAAGAGCAGAAUAUGAAGCUGAGAUCGAAUCCGUACAAGAAGAUGUGAGGGUUAAAGAGGAAACUAUUAAGGAAAUGGAGGCAGAGGUUGACCAUAAGAGUGCUGCCCUUGAUAGCAUACAGAAACAACAUGAGCAACUAAAUGAGAGGAGAGAAAGGGAGACAAAGGAGGGAGAUAAUCUUCUUAAGAUGCUCCGAGAUGACCUGGAAAGGAUAAGCAAUGAGAGAGACACAAUCAGUUCUUCAAAUGAGAGAUUACUUGGCACGCUCACUGAGUUGGUGAGAACCAACCAACAUUGUGAAGAAAUAAUCGCUCAACGAUUACAAUCAUUACCUAUACAUGGAGGCCAAACCACUGUUACUCCUGAUGCAAGUUUCGCUCAAUCGGCUGCUUCAAACACAGACACGGAUACAACCACCACCCCCCUCAACACAAGCCUCAGUGGAAGUUUUAUUGAUGAGGGGCUUGACCUUUCGCAGCGCUUGGCUGAAUCUAUGUUCGCUGGUCCGGAACUCGACCCACAAGCGAGAGAGGUUGUCACCGGCACUGGCACGAGGGUGACACAAGCCGUGGCACGUCUGCUUGACAUGCUGGUCAAUACUUUACAACAGUUAAACGUUGCGCAACAAGCACAGACAAUGUUGGGGAACGAGUUGGAAAGGAUGGUUGAAAACAAACAAACUUCACAACCUGAUGAAGAUAGUUGCGAACAUUCAACAUCUGUGGAUCAACAGCAUUUACAAGAAGAGUUGGAAGAUCAAUCCUCUCGCAUCCAAGAUCUUGAGAAGCAGAUCUCGGAUCAGGAGGAAGUUGUGAGGAUUUUGCAAGGAAGAGAGGAGGAGGUGAAGAGGGAGCAAAUAAAACUGGAAGAGGACAAAGAUCUUCUGAAAACACAGAGGGAGGCGCUGAUGGAGAACAGAGAGGAAGCCGAAAUAAAUCUCCUCCAGAAGAUUGAGGAGUUAACCCAGGAGCGAAACCUCCUUGUGGAGAAGAUGAAGGAAGAGAGAGAUCGCCUCACUGAUGCCGCUCGACAGCUGGAAGAUGUGAUGCAGCAGACACUGAAGAAGACGGAAGAAAAAGAAGUGGAAUAUAUAUCACAGAUAGAAGACCUUAAAUCACAAAUCGAAGCACUGAGGAAACAAACAGAGUCGGGAUCUCGCUUCAACGCGGAGUUAACAUCCGAUCGUGAGGUUGAACGAGAUCAGUUUGAGAAAGAAAUGGAAGCUUUAAGGAAUGAGAUCGAUCAAGUUCGUGAUUCAGCAAAGUCUGGUGCUUUGUUGGCCGGCAAGGUGCAACAACUGGAAGAGGACCUGGACACAAAACAGAGAACCCAUGAAGAGGAGGUGAAUGCAGCAAACACAGAGAUUGAAACUCUUAAAAAUAAAUUAAGAAGUCAAGAAGAUGAGAUAAGAGACAUCAAGGAAAAAGCUGCAACUUUGCAGGCAGAGAAGGAAGAGUCCUCCUCAUCACUAGCGGAGCUCCAGGAGUCCAAGCAGCAACAUGAGGUCCUCCAGCAAGAGUUGUACGACAACAUGCUCCGUAUCUCGGCACUGGAGGCACAACUUGAUCGAUAUCGUCAUGGAGUUGAUGAGGAUGCGAUGAAUGCUCAGGAGCAAGCGGAUGCAGAGGAGAGAAAGAUGAGAGAGGAGGGGAGGGAGCAGAUCGCAGAGAAAGAUUUGGAGAUCGAACACUUGGUUGAACAACAAGGCAUGCUUCGUUCACAAAUUAUUGAAAAAGAAGAACAAGUGUCCGGUCUAUUACACGAGGUGGAUCACUUGAAGGAAGUAGAAGCCCAAAAUACUGAAUUAAUGGAAGAAUUAAAGAAACUUCAGGAAACACUGCCUCCCUCCACACAACCAGAACAACUAGAAGCUCUAUCACACCACCUACUGGAGGAGAAAAAUGAUGAAAUUGAUGAUCUUCGUCAGCAAAUAUUGAUGCUUCAAAACCAAGGGGGUGGAGAUGCUUCAGCACAACAGAUGCUGGCAUCUCUUCAAACCCAGCUCCGAGAAGUCAUGGAGGAGAAUAAUCAACUCCAGGAGCAACUCAGAUCAACAGAGGAGCAGUUGGAUCAAGCUCUUGAGAAGCUAGAGGAGCUUACCACACAAGAUGAAGUGGAAGUUCCUGAUCCAAAGUCCACAUCUCAAGAUGAGGAAGAUGGAGAUACUGGCAUCCAGGAGGUUGAUCUUACAGUAGGGGAGCUGACGAGGCAGGAAGAGGCGAGCCGCAUCCGAGAUCUGGAGGAGGAAAACACUAAACUUCGGGAAGAUGUAAGGGUUGCUCAAAGAAGAGCAGAAGAUGCGUUAUCCCGAGCAUCUAAGGAUGUGUUUAAUAUUCCAUCCGGGACUAAAGAGAAGAUCCGGGACUUAGAGGAGAGGUUGGAGAAGGAGAAGGAUGUUUCGGAGGUUCAGGAAAAAUCUCAUACAUCUUCUACAUCAUCUGAGGAGUCAAAUGAGGAGGAGCAGGAUUCUUCUAUGGAGGUUGAAGAAGAAGAAGGGAAACCAAAGGCAGAGGAUUCAAAUAUAAUCCGAGAGAAACUUCUCGAGAUCGAGCAAGAGUUGAAGGAACAUCCACAAAGUGUGAUCGGGAGGAUACUUAGGAAGAAAGAUGAAGAUGUGAGGAAUAAGAUGAAGAUUGUGGAAGAUCUUGAAUCACAGUUGGAUGAGAGGAGUUGUGAUGUGAAGGAGUUGGAACAACAGGUAUGUCAGUUGGAGCAAGAUCUAAAUGAGACGGAUGUUCGGAUAAAGUUGAAAGAUGAAGCAGAUGUUAGUGAUGCGGAUGCAAUACAAGUGGAACAGAAGCAAAAGUUUGACGUUCCGACAAUUGAAAUUGAGCCGGACUCAGAUGCAAGAUCUUCAUCUUCUCAAUCCAGUGAUGCGGGCUCACAUCCGGACUCUGUGUCCUCAUCUGAUGCAGUGGAGGAUCUAAGAUCCAGGAUGUUGGAAAUGGAGGAAGAGAUUAAAUCUCGAGAUGAGAUGAUUGACAGCCAAGAGAAAAUGAUUCUUGAGAAAGAGAGAAAUAUCGAAGAAUUGAAUGCAGAACGUAUGGCUGCUGAUGAAAGAUGUAAAGACAUUGAACAAGAAAUGGUUUUACGAUGCAAUGCUUUGUCGGAUGAAUUAGAAGAGCUAAGAUCUUUCAAUGUUGCGGGAGACAUCCAGAAUCAGCAACAUCCGGACCCUACAGAUGAUCUAAAGAGAAUCAAAGAAGAGUUAGAUGAAGCUAAGAUAAAAAUGAACAAACUUAAAAAUGAGCGUGAUGCCGCAUCAAAAGAUCUUCAAGAAGUCCAGGAGGAGCUAACUGCACUUAAAGAUGCUCACCAUCAAUUAGAGAUUGAGAUGAAGAGGAAGGAUGGAGAUGUUGAAGAUCAGGUGACGAGGAUGCAAAAUCUGGAGGAUCUUGUACAAGAGCGAGAGACAGAACUUCAACAAGCACAGCAAGAAGCUGAUGAUUUACAGAAACAAGUACAAGAGGUGACGAAUGAUUUGAUUGAAAUGCAAGAUAAUGUUCAACAGAACCAAGAAGCGAGGAGGGAACUUGAGGAUGAACUGAGGACUUUAUUAGUCGAACAUCAGGAAGAAGUGGAUCAACUACAGGACCAAAUAAACAAGUUUUCCACCCAUGUUACACCUGAUGAUGGGAACACACAAGUUGAGAAACAACUAGCUGAACAAACAGAACAGGCCGCCAAACUGAAGAGCCAAUCUGAAGCAAAUGCAGUUGAGAUUGCUCGUCUAUCCUCCCUCAAUGAAGGAUUACGUGAAGAAAUUCAAAGUCUAAACUUUAAAACUGAGGAGCUAGAGAUGGAAAUGCAAGCUGUGGAUAAGACACACAAAGAAGAGAAAGAUUCUCUAAUCAACCAACAUAUGAAUGAAAUAUCGCGUUUAAAAGCUGAACUUGAAACUCGUGAACAAACAAUAGAAGAAGAACCCAUGGUUCAUUCUCCGUUGGUUGAAACUGAAGUGAUGCAGAUGCAAGGAUCAUCUGAGAGAUCAAUGUCAAGAUCUUCAUCGUUGGAAAGCAAGUCCUCAUCAGAUGAAGAGGUUGUUAACAUGAUGGAGGAGAUGAGAGUGGAACAUCAGAAGAAGAUGGAAGAGAUGCAGCGGAGAUUUGCUGCUGAGUUGGAAGAAGCAGUUGUUGCUGCAGCUAAGGAGCAGAAGGAGCAAGAUGCGGUGAGGAUCAGUGACUUGGAGGAGAAACAUAGAAGAGAAAUGUCGGAAAUCCUAUCGGAGUCCAUGAACGGCGAAAACGAAAUUGCUUGUAGGUUGCGAGCUGAACUUGAUCUGGCCGAUAAACUGGACAAUAAACUCAUCUCUCAACUAACUGAGGCAUCGGGAACAAUGGGAGAUAAUGAUGAAACAUCUUCAACCUCAUCUCCUGUCAAAGAUGCUGAGAUUUCAUCCAAAUUACAGCACUUGUUGUCAAGACUUCACAACGAAGGCGUUCAAGUUCUCACUUUAUCCGAACUACAGUUUCUCAAGCAACAUCAAGGAAGGAAUUCUUUAUCUAACACUUUGUCAAGUGACACAGAGGUAGCAGACAAGCCAGACAUUGAUAUUGAUGGUUUAAAAGAAGCUUGGAGGAAUGAGAAGUUAGCUUUGCUUGAUGCUAUACAAGCAUUGAAGGAACUACUAACUCAAACUGCAUCGGAGGCUGCUCAAAGUGACGAGGAUGAAACAUCACGUUGGAGGAGCGAUCUUCUGCGGUCUGUGGCCGAUUUAUUUGAGCGGGAGAAGCGAGCGUUACUUGCCGAGCUUCGAGCUAACGUCAUCGAAGCGCAAAGUGAUGCGCAACAAAUGGGAGAUACAACUUCUGCUGCACGACUGGAAACACUGGAGAAGAAGAUUAGAAACCAGCCACCUCGUCGUGCCUCAUGCGCACGAGCUUGGGACCUUGUGUUCACUGUCGAGCUGCUUCAAUUACAUCAUGAGAUGAAACGACUUCGGUCGUGUGUUGUGCAUUCAACAAUGGAAAGGAGUGAUCAACAUAGAAGUGAGUUAGAGCGCCUCCUAGCGGCAGACAGGGAUCAAUUGAUGGAGGAGAUGAAACAAGUUAAGGAGGAUCGGAAACAACUUGCAGCUAAGUCUCAGAAUCGCAUCCAUGAGUUACAGGAACAGAUGAAGAUAGUUGAAGAUCAUGGAAAGCAUGUUCAGAACAAUCUGCAACGUGAAGUUGAAAGGUUGUCUUCCCAACUCCAACAUGAACAAGCCCUCAUCUCUGACCUCAAGUCCUCCCUCGAGAUCGAACGUCAUCGAUCCACUGAUCUACUUCCGUCACUAGAGCGCGAGAGAGAUCGCACGGUUGAAUUAUCGGCAGAAAUCGAGUCCGUUUCAAGUAAAGCAAGAUCUGACGUCUCAGCUGCGAACCAUCAAAUCCAAGCUUUACAGAAUGAGUUGCAAGAAAACCAAGGUGACUUAAUCAAAGCUGAGAAUGAGGUUCGAGCUUUGGAAGAAGAGCUCAGGAGGAAAGAGGAGGAAGUGAUAAAAGAAAGAGAGAAACAGGAGGAAAUAAGAGCACAAGAGGAGGACAAUAUUGCCGAUCUAAAAGCUGCUUUGCAUACUGAAGAGAAAAGGAGACAGGAAGCAAUAAAUGCUGUUGAAAUAGAGAGACAUAACGUUUCAAAACUACAUCAGGAACUUGCUUCACAACGAGCUACUGCAUAUGAUGAUGUGUUGCAACUUAAAAAUAGAUAUCCACAUUAUUGGUGUGAUGAGUUAUCGGCAGCUAUUCAAGCGGAACAAGGUAGAAACAAUGAAUUACGUCACGCUCUCGAUCACGAGGCGAUGGUAGCUCGACAGACACAAGAGGAGCUAGAGAGUGAGAGGAAAACGACGGCUGAAGCACGCGAACAUGAUAGAGCUACGGUGGCUGAUCUACAAUCUAUAUUAGAAGAGGCAAAGAAAGAAACAGUAAGAGUCCAAAGAAGGGUGGAGGAUGCUGAAGAAGAGAAGGAGGUGGCUCUUCAGAGAGCAAGAGAAGAGCAGAUAUCGAUAAGUCGGAGGUUGGAGCAUGAGAGGAAAUCGAUGGAGGAGGCGUUGAUGAGGGAACAACAAGCAAGGAAGGAUCUGCAGUUUGCUCUUGAUACUGAGAAGCAUCGCAAGCAUGAGGCACAACAGAGGAUUAGAGAGCUGGAGGACCAACGUAGGGAGUCCCUGAGGAGGCAAGAAGAAGAGAGGUUGAUGCCAAGAUCACCGAGGGAGUCAAACGAGUCGUUGUUGGCGCAACGAAGACAACUUGAAUCAUUGAGACAAAGAUUACAAUUGGAAGCAACAAAACUGCAGAAACUUGUUGAUAAAACGGGACGCCCAUCACCUCGGGAUUAUUUAUCAACUGAUUCUCAUUCAACCUCCAUGUUAUCUACUGAUGGUGAGAGGGUGGAAUCAUUGAAGAGAGCAUUGGAUGAUAUGCAGGGAGAACUUAAGGACCUUUAUACAACAUUAACACUACCUGAGAGGAGUUCCAGCUUACGUCCCCACCCGACCGAAUUCAAUGACAAGCUUCUUCAACAAAACGCUCACCUCGCUGAUCAAGCCGCUAGAGGAGCUAGAGAAGUAAGGGAGCUUCGUGAUGUCAUUGAACAAUUGAAAGAUGAAAAUCAACGAGCUCGUUCUGUUGCCAGUGAUGACCAAUUGUCACAAAGCACUCAACAAAACCAGCAGAAGAUGGCAACCCGCAUGCAUAAGUUAUACACAAGAUAUUUAAGAGCAGAAAGCUUUAGAAAAUCUCUUGUUUACCAGAAGAAAUACCUCAUUCUAUUAUUGGGCGGAUUUCAGGAUUGUGAAGAAGCCACCCUAGCAUUGAUAGCACGCAUGGGGGCUUACCCAAGCUCCGAUUCACUUCGACACCCAAUACCUAACCGCUCUAAUGCAUAUACAAAGUUCCGUAGUGCUGUACGUGCUGUUAUUGCUGUUUGCAGAUUGAAGUUUUUAGUUCGAAAAUGGAAAAGAGCGAGCACGACCGUUUCCACGGCGAUACAAAAUAAACAUGGGAUCGCAAUCGAUGUUCCAGUUAAUGGUGUUACUCCCCACCAAUCACGAAGGUCGGAUCAACCCACAUCACCCUACACCUCUCGUACUCCCUCUCCUCGACCAAUCGAAUCACAGAACACCCGAUCACAUGACCGAACCCCCACCUCACGCUACGAAGCCCCCUCUCAUGACGUGUCACCCUACAUGGGGCGCAGGGUAACCCCCACCUCACCCUACUCAGCCACCAGACAGACAGGUUAUAGAUCAAGUUACGAGCGUGACUUAGGAGUAAGUGCUGCUAACUCCAGAAGAUUGUCCCCAGCUGCUGCAGCUGCUUAUGCUUCACUAGAUCGUUCAGACCAAGCAGACUCCGAUCCUUCAUUGAACGAAUAUAUUCGUAAGUUGGAAAACCUUCAACAUAAACUAGGACAGGGUUCGUCAUCAUACAGGUACCCAGUGUGACACACAACUUCAAAUCAACACCUUUUCUUCAAGUAGUUAUUGGUAGCAUAUAACUACCUGGUCUAGCAGACACUACAGUUCAAAUGUGCAGUGAAUUUGGCAGAUAUCUUAUUCAGCAUGCAUUGCUGCCUUUAAAACUUGUUCUAUCUUAAACAUUGCUAGCUUUGCCUAUAUAUUAUGUGAAUGACAAUCUUUGUAAUUGUUCCAUUUUGUUGUAGCCGUCUUUAAAGACGAUUGUGUAAAUUUGUAAAUAGAUGAAUAGGACGUACAAUGUUACUGCUCAAAUUUUGUAGAAGUUUUUAUAUGUAAAUGUGUACAAACUAGUUCUUUUGCCAAUAUUUUUGAAAAAAGAACUUUUAAAAUAUGUGGUGUACUGGUGCCAUGCUUAUCAGAGAUACCUAUGGCUGUAACAGCAGUGUUUGUAGGUUUUUUUACAAUUAGCUCUAAGGUAUAAUCUUCCUUGUACCAGUAUACACAAACUAUAUGUACAUACCAUGUGUAAAUAUGCUCUGAAGGCUUUACCUACUGUGAUACUUAGUAGAGCCCUUGUAACUAAGUACGAUUACUUAAACAUAGAGCUAUAGCACGUUUUUUACUUGAGUUCUUUAGCUGUGACCGUCCAGAUUCGAACUUUUUUGUAUUUUUGUUGAUUCUGGCGCUUUCAAUUUAUUUCAUGUGUGCCCAAAGGAAAAUAUAGAUCGAUCCAUUA